AACUGUUUAAAGAUGCUCAACGACAUUAAACUAGAGGAUCGUCUGCGGACCGAUUCGGGCUUUCUGAAUGUCUUGAUCGACGGUGACUCUCUCCAGCAGGCCGUGUGUGAGGGCUGCACGCGGAUCAUCUCAGAUCGCUUCCUGAUGCGGGUCAACGAGGCGUCCUGGCACGAAGAGUGCCUGCAGUGUGCCGCAUGCCAGCAGCCGCUGACCGCCACCUGCUACUUAAGAGACACAAGAGUGUACUGCAAGGCCGACUACCAGCAGUUGUUUGCCACCAAGUGCACUAUGUGUCUGGAGAAGAUAGCACCCACAGAGUUUGUAAUGCGAGCUCUGCAGAGUGUUUACCAUCUCAGCUGCUUCUGCUGCUGCAUCUGCAAACGCCAGCUUUGCAAAGGAGACAAGUUUGUUCUGAAAGAAGGUCAGCUGCUGUGCAAGAGUGACUAUGAGAGGGAGAGGGACCUGCUCAGCACAGUCAGUCCAGACAACUCAGAGUCAGAUAAGAGUGAGGAUGAGGAUCUGGAUGUGAAGUCAGAGAAGUGCCCUGCAGCAGGGAAAGGCAGCAAUGACAGCAAGGACCCUCACCGACCCAAACGACCACGCACCAUCCUCACCACCCAGCAGAGGAGAGCUUUUAAGGCCUCCUUUGAGGUCUCCGCCAAACCCUGCAGAAAGGUGAGAGAGACCCUGGCUACAGAGACAGGACUCAGUGUACGUGUGGUCCAGGUCUGGUUCCAAAACCAGAGAGCAAAGAUAAAGAAGUUAGCCCGCAGACAACAGCAACAGCAAGAGCAACACAAAAGGCAAAGGCUAAGCCAAGAGAUGAUAUCAGGUUAUAUGGAGGGUCUGCUCAGCUCCUGCCCAGGGCAUUUACCUCCAAACCAACAGCAGCACUUGGUGACCAUGGAACACAAGGGCUACAACACUGACCCCUUCCAGCAGGACCUCACCCCACCACAGAUGCCUGGUGACCACAUGAACCCCUACGGCGCUGACUCCAUCUUCCACGACAUUGACAGAGACACCUCUCUGACAAGUCUUAGUGACUGCUUCAUGAACACACCAGAUGUAGGCAACCUGAAGGCUCAGGCAGGGAACCCUAUUGACUGCCUGUACUCCAUGCAGACUUCCUACUUUGCCUCUACAGACACCAUCACCACUGUUGGUACCACCCAACCCACCACACCACAUCCCAGGUCAUGAACAGUGAGUGCAUAACAGUGCACACACAAGACACAUAUGUUACAGAAUUGUCCUGCAAGACAUGAAUCAAUAAGCAGGUAAAUGUGACCACAGGACAGAAUCCACCAAAUUGCCUGACUGACCUCCACCAGCCAAAGAAAAGAGAAAACUUGAAAGUCAAACUGUACAUGCCACCUGCUGUCUGAAUGGAGGUUUGAAGCAGUACAUUUGCCUUUUCAACUGGGUUCAUUUUGUUGGCGAGAUAGCCAGCACUUUUACACAGACAUCACAAUGGAAGUGUUUAGUGGUAUGAAAAGUUGAACUUAAGUUUAAGCCAGAGAUCUAUUGGAAAUAUAGUCAGAAUCAGUUAGUCAGUUUAA